AAUACACUACCCAUAAGCACCAAUAUUUCUAGUUGACUAGGUCGGCAUAUCCCGAGGAUGUGACCGUGUGAUGUUUACACUUUGUUACAGUUCUUUGUCUCGAGCAUAAUAAAUCAUGAUGUCUGGGGCAUAGAUACAUAUAUUUUUUUGUAUAAGAAACAUUGCCAUCAUACCAUUUUUGGAUCAAGAAUUUUCGGAUCAACAUUUUCAGAACUUUUUUCUUGUUUUUUUUCAGCACUCGAAAUAGCCGAGGCGGCUCAUACGAAAACUCCAGGAUAAGGUAUCCGGUAGUUCUACAGAGCAGCAGCCAUGGUGUUGAUCCUGGGCAGACGGCUGAACAGGGAGGACUCUGGGACCCGGGACUCCCCCGCUGUCAAACGAAAGGUGUUCGAGGUGGACUCCAAGACGCUGACCGGUAAUGAAGUGCUGGACUUCUCCUCCGGCUCCUCCCACUCAGAGGCCAUUUUGCAGGUGUUCAAUGAGUUCCGCGACAGCCGCCUCUUCACCGACGUGGUCAUCAGCGUGCAGGGCCGCGAGUUCCCCUGCCACCGCGCUGUGCUCUCUGCCUGCUCCUCCUACUUCCGCGCUAUGUUCUGCAACGACCACCGUGAGUCACGCGAGAUGCUGGUGGAGAUCAAUGGCAUUCUGGCCGAGGCCAUGGACUCCUUCCUCAGCUACGUCUACACGGGCCGCGCCAAGAUCACCACCGACAACGUGCAGUUCCUAUUCGAGACCUCCAGCCUUUUCCAGAUCUCCACGCUGCGUGAAGCCUGCGCCAAGUUCCUAGAAGACCAACUAGACCCUUGCAACUGCUUGGGCAUCCAGCGCUUCGCAGAUGCCCACUCUCUGAAACAGCUAGCCAGCCGCUGCCGCUCGUACGCCCUGGCCAGCUUCCCUGAUGUGGCCCAACACGAGGAGUUCCUGGACCUGAGGAGGGACGAGCUGGAGGAGUACAUCUGCAGUGACGAACUGGCCAUCGGGAAGGAGGAGGUGGUGUUUGAGGCGGUGAUGCGCUGGGUGUACCACAGUGUUGAGCCCCGGAGGCCCGUGCUUAAAGAACUGUUGCACCAUGUCCGCCUGCCCCUGCUGCACCCCAACUACUUUGUCCAGACAGUGGAAGGAGAUCAGAUCAUCCAGACCGCUCCAGAGUGCUACCAGCUCCUCCACGAGGCCCGACGGUACCACGUACUGGGCAACGAGAUGAUGUCACCCAGAACCCGCCCACGCAGGUCGACAGGCUUCUCAGAGGUGAUCGUGGUGGUGGGGGGCUGUGAGAGGGUGGGGGGGUUCAACUUGCCUUACACAGAAUGUUACGACCCUGUGACAGGAGAGUGGAAGUCCCUGGCCAAGCUCCCAGAGUUCACCAAGUCAGAGUACGCCGUCUGUGCCCUCCGCAACGACAUCCUGGUCUCAGGGGGCCGUAUCAACGGCAGAGACGUGUGGAUGUACAACUCUCAGCUCAACCUAUGGAUCCGAGUUGCUUCACUCAACAAAGGACGCUGGAGACACAAGAUGGUGGUCCUACUGGGGAAGGUCUAUGCAGUGGGAGGGUAUGACGGUCAGAGUCGUCUGAGUAGUGUGGAGUGCUAUGACUCCUUCUCUAACCGCUGGACAGAGGUGGCUCCCAUGAAGGAGGCGGUCAGUUCUCCGGCCGUGUCCAGCUGUGCUGGGAAGCUCUUUGUCAUCGGGGGAGGGCCCGAUGACAACACUUGCUCUGAUAAGGUCCAGUGCUAUGAUCCAGAGGCAGACACCUGGGCGCUAAGGACAAGCAUCCCCAUCGCUAAGCGCUGCAUCACGGCGGUCUCCCUGAACAACCUGAUCUAUGUGUCAGGUGGUCUAACCAAGUCUAUCUUCUGCUACGACCCUGCGGAGGACUACUGGAUGCACGUGGUACACACCUUCAGCAAACAGGAGAGCUGUGGAAUGUCGGUGUGUAAUGGGAAGAUCUUCAUCCUGGGUGGGCGGGGUGAGAACGGCGAGGCCUCUGACUCCAUCCUGUGUUACGACCCGGCAACGGGCAUCAUCACCGGCGUGGCGGCCAUGCCUCGCCCCAUCUCUUACCACGGCUGUGUCACCAUCCAUCGUUACAACGAGAAGUUCCACCACCGGCCCUGACCCCACAAUCACACACACAAACACACAGGCUUGUACAUAAACAUGCUUUAAAAGACAUUCACUCACACAAAAAGAUUCUUCAAAAACGCGCUCUCUAAAAAGGGUGCAGAUAGACAUGCACACACUGUCAACCCUUUUUUUUCCUCUCAAGAAGCAACUCAUUUAGAAAUUCAGACCACAGCCCCAGUUUCAGUUUCACUUGUUUCCUUAUUGUCCCAUGAAGCAACACUCUGGUGCUGGUAUUGUGGUAUUCCUGGUAUGCCUCCAGACACCACUAGGUCUGUGUUUAGAUAGAGCCUUCAUGGAGCCCGUGGCAGGAUCAGAUCAGAGCAGGCAGACAUGCGCCAGGGUUGUGGCGGUCACGACAUUUUGUCGGCCGGUGAUUUUCAAGCAAAUAACUGCCGGUGUCACGGUAAUUAACCGUUAAUUAACAUAAACACAUUUAGCAUCUCCUGGCUUCCACUCAUAGCCUACAAGCCACUGAUGCAGACCUUUGGAAUAUAUACAUUUUUUUAAAGUCUUAAUAAAUCCAUUUAAUAUGGCCUACACCUUCACAAUUAAUCCAUAAUUUAUUUUAGACAGGUCUAAAGAAACAUGAUAUGAAGAAACCACCAUUCUCAAAAGUGACCGCAAAUGUGAUUAUGAUUGUAAUACUUUAUUAUCUUCCCCAAACUUGGAACUCACAAGCAGCCUAUGUAUGUCAGUUAACAUAUAGGCCUAUGGGCUAGGCUACAUUAGGUGUGAUACUAACCUUAUCAAAACAUAUAGGCCUAUGGGCUAGGCUACAUUAGGUGUGAUACUAACCUUAUCAAAACAUAUAGGCCUAUGGGCUAGGCUACAUUAGAUGUGAUACUAACCUUAUCAAAACAUAUAGGCCUAUGGGCUAGGCUACAUUAGGUGUGAUACUAACCUUAUCAAAACAUAUAGGCCUAUGGGCUAGGCUACAUUAGGUGUGAUACUAACCUUAUCAAAACAUAUAGGCCUAUGGGCUAGGCUACAUUAGGUGUGAUACUAACCUUAUCAAAACAUAUAGGCCUAUGGGCUAGGCUACAUUAGGUGUGAUACUAACCUUAUCAAAACAUAUAGGCCUAUGGGCUAGGCUACAUUAGGUGUGCGACUAUGAUUUGAAAAAGUCGCCAAAAAAAAGCAUGCACUGUUUCUUGUCUUACUGGACACACUGGGCAUCAUUCACAAGUCAUAAUACACCAUUCACAAGUGAUAAUAUUGUUAUCAGACUAUUCUUAAUUUGUUAUCAGACUAUUCUUAAUUUUUGUCUUUACUGUACAUAUACUAAAUAAUAUAUGUGUGAAAUUAGUUUUGAUUUUAUCAUACACUUGUCUCAGAACAGGGACAGGGGAAAAAAUGUGUCAUCUAUGUACUUAAAUAGCGAAUGGAGGACUCUUUUCCCCUGGUUAAUUUUCAUGCCUGCCGGGUAGGCUGUACUCCUGUUGUAAAGAGCAGCAAUGUGCUUAAUAUUAGGAAGGUUGAGAAAUACAUUUAGUAGGCCUAGUCUAUAGAAAACUGAUGGGAGCCUCCUCUUUUUAGUAGAAGCCAUCACUCUGUUUUCUCACACAAUUGCAUAGCCUAUAGAAAUGUUGCGCAGCGUGAGCUCAUGGUCUCUCAUGAAGUGUUUGAUUUGAUUUUCCGAUCACAUUUGCAUUGAUGUUAGAGUGAUUAUAGGGACAAUAGAGUGCUGAGUACCAGGCAGUUAGCAAGUUUGGUAGGCUACUAAUGACCACCAGCAGCAUCAGAGCGCAGUUUUGGAGAAGCCUAGUUACCAUGAGUCACGUGGAAUUUGACUGCGGUCAUGACUUGUGAACGGCGGUACAGCGGUAAUAUGGUCACUGUAACAGCCCCAGACAUGCCUAGCAGAAGUGUGUAGGCCACAUGCAUUCUUGUGCCAGUAGCAGCUCCUCAUCUCCUCUUCCUAAGAACCAGAGAGAGUCUCUAUCUGCACAUCAAAGAACACUUUGAUGGACAGAUAGGAAGUCGUGAUAGUGGAUGAAACAAAGUGUUGCUUUUAGAGAUUAUCUCCUUAAUCUUCCGGUGUUCAGGUGGAAAAGUACUGACAGAUAGUGAAUUGUGAUAGUGAACAGGAAAGCUUUGAUUCGGACUUGAGAGAAAUUCAUAGGAAUCUGCCACUGAUUGACAAGGGGUGGUACAGUAAUUCUUAGAACCCAGUUUUAAAAGGCAAUAUGCAUUCCAACCAUCUUAAAAUGGAAAUUGGAACAGUAUCACAGAAUGUAUCAAGCACCUGGAUGCCAGAGGGUAGGAAUGUGGUUCCAUGACUUCAAUUUGAUAUGUCGUUAAGCAGUGAUUGUUUGGUAUAAAACAAAAGAAGCUGGCCUAUGCUUAUCCAAAAACAGAGGCCAUGUCCAAAUAGAACGAAACGUCUUCUUUUCAUUGUCUUCUUUUGUCUCAUUGCCACUCAUUUCAAAUGACAUUCAUUUUAGGAAGCGACCUCCUGCUGUGGUCUGAACUCUGAUUCCGCUGACUCCCAUUUCCUUUUCCUGUUAGAGGUUCCCUUACUUACUCUUUCCAUAUCAUCUCUUUCCUCUUCUCAUAUCCUACCUCUUAUCACUGACACUUUCAUCAUAAUUCCCUUGAAUCUUUGCUAUACACACACACACACACACACUGAUUUUUUUGUUGUUGUUCAAUUUAUUAAAUUAUAUUUGUCUUUUUGACUUUGGAUAUGUGUGCUGAUUUUAUACCUUGUGCUUGGUGGUGUGCUUGUUGCUACAUAGAGUUUAGAUAGUUGGUUUGGAUGUUGGGUGUGUGGGUGAUUUAGUCAAUAUCAGCAGGGCCGUUUUCUAGCAUUUUGGGGGCCCAAAGCGAGAUUUGGUUUGCAGAGAGCAAAUGUUGCAUUAUUAAAGCAAAUUUCAUGCAGUUCUCCACAUUUUGCCAUGGGUUGGGGGCCCAAUAGCGGCCGCUUAUGUCGCGUGUGCCUAGAAACAGCACUCGAUAUCAGAUGCCUUAGUAGAUGAAAUCUCAAAGACUGUUAUAAGUGAGUGGUAUAUUGGGUGAUUUUUAUUAUAUGUAAACCAGUUAUAGCUUUAUAUCAUAACAGUCUGUUUACUAUUGUGCUGCUUACCCAGUGGCCUUGCCUCAUAUAUGCAAAUUCUAUAGAACUCUGUGCCAUACAUAGACAAUGGCACCUCUCACCUGUAUACUCAUACAAUGUAUAGCUCAUGUACACAAUGUAGCUCGGGGUAACCAUGGAAACCUCCAGGUGUGUGUGUCGUUGGCUUUACCGAGCUGACACCUGUGUAUUAACUCACAGGAUAUGAUUGAUUGGCAGGUGUGAUGGUGGUAAUUGUAAGUCUUGAUUCUGGUCAGUAAAAUAUUAUUUUGUGUCGUUAGAAUAAGAGAUGAAUUGCUGUGAAUUGAUGUAUUGCUGUGAUACGGUGACGUUGAGGCUUUCUCUUUGCCACGUUUUUAUUCAAAUGUUCUGUCAUCCUUGUUUGCAUGUGGUUUGCGUCUUUUUGCUGUUUUUUUUUGUAUCCAAGAGCCCCAAUUGUGCACUUUUACUAUUAUAUCACAAUGUAAAUAUGAUUUUUUUAAAUUUCCUUUUAUUACUGUAUCAGUAAAUGCUAUUUGCUUUCAUGUGACGUAUGUGAGUGGGGUGAAUGGAGCCUGUCAGCGCCUCGUACUGGUCUGCCUGCUAUUGCUGUGGGUCCCCACAAAUAGCACAACUAUAAUAUGUCAGAUCAAGAUCAACACAGGGAGAGAAAGAGGGGGAGGGGGGGGGGUAGAGGAACAUGCACUACGUUAUUGGGUCAAGGGUAAGGAACUGUUUUGUUUCUCAAUUAUGUUUUUACUAAAUAAAUCAAAAGUGAAAGAAAAUGUGAGGCAUGUUACUAGCUUAAUCUGCAUUCCAGUGUUUUGUUGAGCGAGAGAGACUUGUUGUUUCUUGUUGUGUUGGCGAAUGCUGGGAUUGUGUGUGUUGUUGAUGAGUGAUGGUUGUUUUUGACAGUCUGCCACCGGUAAGUCGUCUGCUCUAUAUUGGAUGACUCUCAAGGGGAGAAGUGAUUGAAGGAUGUAAAUGCAGAGGCAUUUGGCCCAGAUCAAAUCCCUAAGGUGAUGUUUUGAACUUGCUUUCGUGGGAACCCUGAAUUUGAGCUAUGGAUUGAUGAAUUUGUAUAGCCUACAGUACUUGUGUACAAGAUGAGGGCUCGUUCCACCUAGAGAAUGCAAUCCUUUGUGCCUGGAAUAAGACAAUAUUGGAUUAAAAUCUGUCUUUCUGAUAUUAAGGAAACAACAUUAAAUUGAAGUAUGUAUGAUGUGAUAUUCAAAUCUCUCUUUCGCCUUGGUUCUUCUGUUUCUUCUGAAAAUGAGCGUGGACUGUCUGAGCUAUAGUAUGUCGGACUGUAAUUGCUGGCUUGUGUAAAUGAAGCAUCAAUAAAGUUAUUCUCUAUACUGAA